CAAUGCAGACGCAAGCACGCUAGAAGCGAGACAACGCACGAGUCUGGUGACAUUGGAGACACGAGAGAUGAGAUAAAUAACACUAGUGGCUGAACUACAGGGCCUGUAUUUGACAUCGCAGUAACACUGGAUUUCGCCUCAAACGAAUUUCUCUGUCCAACAUUAACUAAAAAUUAAAUCGUGUGUGACCACAAAGCAGAUAUGUGUGGUGCUAGAGUUAUCCCAGUUUUAGGCGUCAGUUUCGCAUUUGUUGUGAUGAUUUGUUUGGAUUUCUGCACCCUACCUUCGGCUGUCGAAGAAUGCCCGCCGUUGUGGAUUCCUUGGGGCUCAUCUUGCUACCGUCUCACCGGCCAGGGGGCGAGCUGGGACGAAGGCCAGGCUUGUUGCCGUGACAUGGGUGCGGUGAUGGCCGCUCCUUUUACAGACGAGGAGAAUGCAUUCAUGGCAACCACAACAAAGAACGCAGGACUAGAUUGGUUAUGGGUUGGUUGCAAAUUCAUCGAUAGAGCAUGGAGGUGCGAGGGCCAGGAAGUCGGUCAGGCGUACUCAAACUGGCGUCCCGGAGAACCGGGCAACAAGGAUGGUGGUUCCAUGCCUUACACUGAUUAUUGCGCUUAUGUUAUUCCAACAAGCCUAGACUGGAAUGACUCCCCCUGCACAGAACGACCCAAAGCUAUGUGUGUCCUGCGAUCACCAGCACACAUUCGGCACCAGGGCUUCUCUCGAGGCAACGCUCAGCAGCAGCAACUCAACUGGUGCCUCGUCGAUCAUGUCAUCAGAGAAUUCGUCACCAAGAGCGCCUCAAGAUGCGCCUCUGCCUGCCUGAAGGAACCGGGAUGUCGCUCCUUCAACAUCAAGGGCACCAAACAAGAACAGAAACUGUGUCAGCUCAAUGAUGCAGUUCGCGCCGAUAGUCUAGAGAAGUUUCAAGAGGUCAGCACUCAAUGCGUUUACUACUCUGCCUAAAAAUGUAACAUUACCACUAAAACUCUUUAAAUCACCUUUCGAGCUAGAAAUUAUAAUAUAGUCAUUGCAUGUCAAAACUAGAGUUGUUCAGUUACAUACAUUAAGUGCUUUCUACGGAGUUCAUGUAUUAUUCGUGUUUUCUGAUGUGUUGAUUUGGAUUAUUUGGAACAUUGAGGUAGCCUUUAUGUGUUUACCUUCAGUUAUCUUGCCUCAUCUGUUCAGCCUGUUACUCUUGUCUUUGUUCCUUAUACGACCCGUUUACUUACUUUGAAAUCUAACAUGAUGCGGCCCGAUUGACACCAUGUUAGCAUGUCGAUUUAAAUAAAAUAUUUGUAGAUGUCCAAACGUUCGACCUCGAAAAUAAUCAACAAUCAAACCCAAAGAUACAUUCCCUUCCUUUCAAUCAGCCCCCUCCUUUCUUAAAACUUAAACCAUUGCGUUGAGUCGAGAUGAAAAUGCAAGCAUUCCUCGUAGCAUGAUUGUUGAUUUUAAGGGACGUACUUGGGGAUCUUAUACAAUCGUGCUACGAAGUAUAAUACUGACGAAAUAAAAAACCAUGGGUUAUUAGUUGUUCAAGUUUA